CACAAGUCAUUCUGAAGCAUUUCGCCGACAUCACUGGAGAGAAGGUGACUCUUCGAAAAGCAGACACUAGACUCCAAAAACUGAUGGUGUUUAUAGCUGAUAGAAUAGCGAUCUGGUUGGAUUCGAUUAUGAAAGAGGCUCAAUCAAAAGAUACAGCUGAUAAAUCGAUUGAAGCAAAACUACAAGGGGAGGGAGAGGAUGGUGAUAAGAAGGAGAAAAAGAAGAAGAAAGAAGAAAAGGCGGAAGAAGAAGAGGUGGCGGAGGAGGUGGAAGAAGAAGAGAAACCGAAAAAAUCUCCAGCCAGUAGUCAAAAAUCUUCGAAAACAGCUUCGAAAGAGAGUUCGAAGGCACCAUCCAAAGCCUCUUCUAAGGCGUCAACGAAAACGCCAUCUAAAGAGAGUAGUAAACAGAAGGUGGAGGAAGAAGAGGAAAAAGUCGAAGAAGAAGCUGUAGCAGAGGAAGAAACGGCCAAAGAGGAGGAAGAAGGAGCAGGUGAUGCUGAGGCUGCUGUGGAAGAGGGAGAAGGAGAAGGAGAAGAGGGUGAAGCCGAAGAGGUGGCAGUGGAAGAAGAACAAGAAGAGGUCGAUCAAGGAGAUCAGCUGCAAGUUGAUGACAUCAAAGAAGUUUUGGAAGAUCAGCUGGCCGAUAAAGAAACGGUUGACAAAUUGUCUGACAUGAUAAUGAACAUACUUUCAGAGACUGAGAGUAUGGUGAAGCCUCCUCUUCCGCCCCUCAUACCCCCCACAGCACUCAGGAAGAAGAGCUUUGUCUAUCAGAUCACCAGAGAGGAUGGAAGCAUCUACAAUGUACGCCAGUUGAGCUCCCAGACUGUUGCUGAGAAAGUGGCUGAAGCCAGAAGUCGUGAAAAACCACCAAGGAAAGCGCCCGGUCUGUUUGACCGACCCAAUUCAACAAGUCCGUUGAAUCUGAAAAAUAUGGCCGAAUGGUCGCGCUGGGCGGUUGAAGUUGCUGAUGUGGCAGAAAAAUGGACAAGUUGGAUCAAUCAAACUGUGGCCACGGCCGAAUUGGCCCAACAGAACGCUGGAGGAGCAACAGAAGGAGGAAAUAUCCGGCCCGGAGGAUCACAACGGAAGUUCACAAAAGAGAACUGGAAACAGUGGCAGGCCCGCAUACAGGAGCAGGCUGACGAUUUCAGGAAAAUCAAGAAAGAAUUGAAGAAGAGUGGAAGUGAAUGGAGUAAGAAGGCAGAAUUGAGCAUGCAGAAAAUGGCGGAUGGCGGAGAGGAGGAGAGAGAGAAGGAGACAGAUGUGAUCAAUUAUGAGGAGGGAAAGGAGGAGGAUGAGGGGAAAGGAAAGGAUGUAGAUGAGGUUGUGGAGGGGGUAGAGGCGGAAGGAGAGGUGAAAAAUGAAGAUGAAGUUGUAGAGAAAGAAGGGGAGGAUUGAGGAGAGAGUAAAGGAGAAAAGGAGUGGAGUAGGGAAGAUGGAAGAUGGAGAGAAGUGGGUGGGAUAGAAUAGUGGGUGAUAAUGCAGAAGGGUGGAUGAGAGAAAAGAGAGAAAUGUAUAAUUGACUGAUAGGUUGGAGCAAGAAGAAGCAGUAGAAAACAUGGAAAAGAAAGAAGUGGAAGGUGGAAAAAUGCGGAGGAUAAGGGAGGAAAAUGAAGAAGAGUCUCAGAGAGAGAGAAAAAAAAGAAAGAGGAUGAAGGGUUCAAAUGGAGCUGAAGAUAAACAGAUAAAAGGGAGAGAGAGAGAGAUAUCACACGUUGAUGCUGAUAAGAAGCAGAUGAAACAUGUAUCGAGAAAAAGAUCAGAAUGUAGGAGUAGUUUCAAGGUUAGGAGAGAAUUUCUUGAAAUAAUGAUACAUGUUUUUGUAAUAUCUUGUGGAAGGAUUGUUCAGGAAAUACAGAAUAAAAGAACAAGAAAAAGUGAAUUGAAAGAGGGAAAGUGGUAGGCUAACAGAACUUAGCUUGACAGGGAUAGAGCAAUUUGGGUGGGUAGAGAGAGAGAGAGCGAGUGAGGGAGGGAGAGGAAAAAUAAUGGUGAGUUAUAAACAGAGAUUGAGGCUGUGCAAAGGCUAAAAAAACUUUCUACUGGUGAUAUUUUUCAAAGUUUUUCGAUUUGUAUAUCAUCAAGCUAUCAAAAUGAAAAAGUUUUCUCAGAAAAACG